GGGGAACUGAACCAGGUGCAGUGAGAGGACAACAGGACCAUGGACAAAGAAUAUGUGGGCUUCGCAGCCCUGCCCAGUCAGCUUCACAGAAAGUCUGUGAAAAAAGGAUUUGAUUUCACCCUAAUGGUGGCAGGGGAGUCAGGCCUGGGAAAGUCAACACUUAUCAACAGCCUCUUCCUUACUGAUCUCUACAAGGACCGACUGAUACCUGAUGCCAAUGCUCGCCAGAACCAGACCCUGACCAUUGAGCGCAGGGGUGUGGAGAUUGAAGAGGGAGGAAUCAAAGUGAAGCUCACCUUGGUGGACACCCCAGGUUUUGGCGAUGCUGUGGACAAUGGAGACUGCUGGAUGCCUGUGGUUCGAUUCAUCGAGGAACAGUUUGAACAGUAUCUGAGGGAUGAGAGUGGCCUCAACAGGAAGAAUAUACAGGAUUCCAGGGUCCAUUGCUGCCUCUACUUCAUUUCUCCCUUUGGUCGAGGGCUUCGCCCCUUAGAUAUAGCAUUCCUCCGGGCUGUGCAUGAGAAGGUCAACAUCAUUCCCGUCAUUGGAAAAGCUGAUGCCCUGACUCCUAAGGAGACCCAGAUCCUCAAACAGAAGAUCCGAGAGCAGCUGGAGGAAGAGGAGAUCAACAUUUACCAGUUUCCAGACUGUGAUUCGGAUGAGGAUGAAGACUUCAAGAAGCAGGAUGCUGAGAUGAAAGAGAGCAUUCCUUUUGCUGUGAUUGGCUCCAGUGCUGUGGUGAGGGACGGUGGCACCUGGGCGGUGAGGGGUCGCCUGUACCCCUGGGGAACAGCAGAGGUGGAAAAUCCUCAUCACUGUGACUUCCUCAACCUCAGACGGAUGCUGGUACAGACUCACUUACAGGACUUGAAGGAGGUGACUCACGACCUGCUCUAUGAAGGUUAUCGAGCCCGUUGUCUCCAGAGCCUGGCCCGUCCUGGAGCCCGGGAACGGGCCAGUCGAAGCAAGUUGUCCCGACAGAGUGCCACGGAAAUGCCCCUCCCAAUGCUACCCUUGGCUGAUACAGAAAAACUUAUCAGAGAAAAGGAUGAAGAGCUUCGUCGGAUGCAGGAGAUGUUGGAGAAGAUGCAGGCUCAAAUGCAGCAGAGCCAAGGAGAGCAGUCAGAUGCCCUUUGAAUCUACAUCUUUCCUUUCAUCCACUUUCUGUCUGUACUACAGGGACCUCUUUCCCACCUUGCCCUUUCUCUCCUUCUCUUCCAGGACCCAGGCAAAAACUACUCAGCUCUCACCUUCCUUGUCUCCCUCUCAAAUAUACCUGACUGAGCUCCAAACCUUAGUUUAUCCCAUCUGACUUAGGCUCAUUUCCUUCCCUGUAAAGACUUAGGAGUCCUACCCAGCUCCCUGCAAGGACCCCUCAUCUCCCAUUGCUAGACAUCCUCUAUCCCGUCUGGUCUUGUGCCACAGGAACACACCUCCCCAUGGCUUCUUCUGCUCCGUGUAAAGUCAGCCACUUGUCUAAUAUCAAGGGUGCUCUAAGAUGGGCCCAUCUCACUCUUCACAACAAGCAUUUAUUAAGUACCCAAGAUCUUGAAAUAAAAGU